AUGCUCACUGAGCCAGCUCCACAGACCAUGAGGCUGUCACUGGCACUGAUACUGCUGCUGCUGGGAGUCUGGGGCAUCCCAGGGGGUCUUGGGGACAGGGCUCCACUCACAGCCACUGCCCCACAGCUGGACGAUGAGGAGAAGUACUCAGCUCAUAUGCCUGCUCACCUGCGCUGUGAUGCCUGCAGGGCGGUGGCCUACCAGAUGUGGCAACAUUUGGCAAAGGCAGAGGGUAAGCUUCAUACCCGGGACUCCGAGGGGCGGCAGGAGCUGAGUGAGUCAGUAUACACAGACGUCCUGGACCGGAGCUGCUCCCAGACCUGGGAGGGCUAUGGGGUGCGAGAAGUGAACCAGAUGAAACGUCUCACGGGCCCAGGACUCAGCAAGGGGCCAGAGCCAAACAUCAGCGUGAUGAUCACAGGGGGCCCCUGGCCCACCAGGCUCUCCACGACAUGUUUGCACUACCUGGGGGAGUUUGGAGAGGACAAGAUCUACGAAGCUCACCAACAAGGUCGAGGUGCUCUGGAGGCGUUGCUGUGUGGAGGCCCCCAGGGGGCCUGCUCAGAGGAGGCACCGGCCACAAAGACAGAGCUGUAGUCCAACUACUCCUUCCCCUUCCUGGUCAACCCCUGAAGAGAGCUGGGCUUCCUCUGGACCUGUCCCAUUCCUUUAUUCAGGCUGCCUGGAGGGCAGGAAAGCCAUGCUUUUCUAUGCUGCCAUGCCCCUCCCCCCUCCCUCAGGCUUCAGACCACUGGGGCCUGGUGUAUGUGUUGGCUGGGAGGCCUUCCCUUCUGGACUCAAAUAAAACCAGUGACCUCCA